CCCGCUUUGCAAAUGCUUCGCUUGCCUCCGGGAGCAGGCGGAGGCGUCACAAUCUUGCACAGGAAGUAGACGGUCUGCAGCGGCAAGAGAGGCGGAAGGAAGCGGGCGCUGCAUCGCUUGGCUUUGCACAUCUAGCACCAUCCUGCGAGAGCUGCCUCUGGACAUGGGCGAUGUGGUUGUUGCAAUCGCUCUGCCGCCCGCCCCUUCUAGGUUCCCGGUACGCGCGAGGGAUUCGGCUCGCCUGCGACUUCUGCACCCGGAAGGGCAGGUCCGCAAAGCCUGAGCCGCUUCUGCAAAGAGAUCCGCGCUCCCGCUGCUUGACUGGAUCUUCUCAAGACGUUUCCUAUAAACACAUGGAAAAUGGAGGACGGAAGAAGACAGUUAUCUGCAUCGAGGGGAAUAUUGCAAGCGGGAAGACAACAUGCCUGGAUUAUUUUGCCAAAAAUACCAGCAUUGAGGUGUUGACUGAACCAGUAUCUAAAUGGAGGAACGUUCGUGGUCAUAACCCUCUGGGCUUAAUGUACCAAGACGCUUCCCGCUGGGGGAUAACGUUGCAGACUUACGUGCAGCUGACUAUGUUGGACCAGCAUAUAAAGCCAAUGAUUUCACCCAUUAGAAUGAUGGAGAGGUCAAUCCACAGCGCCAAAUACAUUUUUGUAGAAAACCUUUACCGAAGUGGGAGAAUGCCGGAGGUGGAUUACGUGGUAUUGACAGAAUGGUUUGAGUGGAUCAUAAAGAACAUGGAUGUUUCAGUUGAUCUAAUAGUUUAUCUACAGACCUCUCCUGAGACAUGUUAUGAGAGACUGAAGAGAAGAUGCAGGGAAGAGGAAAAGGUUAUUCCUAUGGAAUAUUUAGCAGCUAUUCACCAGCUCUAUGAAGAGUGGCUCAUUAAACAAACAAUGUUCAAAGUUCCUUCCCCGGUUCUUGUGCUUCAGGCUGACCACGACCUACAGGAUAUGAUGGAAAAAUACGAAGAGAAUCAGGACCGAAUAUUAACCCUUUGCACCAGGCAGCAUUGUGUAUAGAAACAGAUUUCCCUUAAUGUACAGUUCUUGCUUGUAGAAACCAGUUCUAAGGAGGAGACCUGAGGAAAAAAUGUUAUAUGCACACCUCAUUAUAUCCUUUCUCUGAAUAAUAAUUAUGAGGGGUUUUUUUGUAGGAUGCAAUAUUGUACACUGCUUGUAAUUUGUAAAGUACCUUUUAUGUUCAACGAGAACUUAGGGAAAAACAGGUUUUGUUAUAAACUUCCAUCUUCACUUGUACUUAUACACUGACAACUUCUUUUAUUCCAAAAUGUUGCUGCUAUUAUAAAGCUAUGUCAAAGACUGCUUUCUAAGAAGGCCUCUCUGAAAUGUCCAUGUAUAUUCAAAUCUUACUCUUACUUAAAGGAUUUUUUUUUUUGUGAGUUGGGAAGAAAAAUCAAGCACUGGGUGGACUUUCACACUUCUUUCCAGUUCCACUGUGGACUGUUGUGAUGUCUAGAUUAGCUCUAACUGUAAGAACCUUGCAAAAUUUUGCAAAACCUAUCACAUCUCCACUUGGAUGUAUAUGUACAAUGUAUUUCCCAUCUGAUGAUUAUUUCAAGGAAUAGGAAGCUGUGGUUUCA